AUGUCGCGUAAGGGACUAAAAGGUAGCAGCACCAUCGGUGGCAAUGACGUGCUGACCAUCGACCAACUGCGUCACCAGGACGAUUGGGUGCUGGACACGGAGCGGUACAGAUGCCACGUGUGCACGCGUAACUUUACGCGCUUCCGGCGAAAGCACCACUGCCGCAAGUGUGGCGAGGUGGUGUGUGGCAACUGUACGCUGAAGAAGGAGGCGGAGUUGCCCGUUAUUGGUCGGUCGCUUGUGCGCGUCUGCAUGUCUUGCAUCCUGUCGCACGCCAAUGGCCAGGCUAAUCAGCAGCCGCCGCCCACGGCCCCCAUAUCUGGCACGGCUGGCACGGCUUCAUCGCCGCCCCCGCGUGAGGAGCAUUGGGAGGCGCAGAACUUUCACUCACCCACUGGCAACUCGGAGGGUGAUUUGUCGCACUUAACUCGCGACUUCCAGCAGCCAGAAUUCGACUAUCCGCUGGACUUUAGCUGGGACCACCCAUGGCCUAAGCCUCCUAUUGUCCCGGGCGAGUCUGCGCGCCUUGAGAUUCUACGCGGAUUCGACAUCAUGGACACGCCCAGCGAAGAUGUGUUCGAUAUUAUCUGUGAUCUUGCGAGUAACGCUCUUAAGAGCCCCAUCGCGGCUGUAAGUUUGCUGGACGAGGACCGCGAGUGGUUCAAGGCUAGCGUGGGUCUUGCACAGAAUGAAGUGCCGCGGUCCGUGUCCUUUUGCGCGCACGCCAUCAUGUCCAAAGAGCCCAUGGUCGUCAUGGACACGUUGUUGGACAAACGAUUUGCAAAGAAUCCAUUGGUGACGGGUGCCGCAAAGAUUCGAUUUUAUGCCGGCGCGCCGAUAUGCACACCAUCUGGUCACCUUCUUGGUACAGUGUUUGUGUUUGAUACACAUCCGCGUAAUACGUGUGAUAUUGCAACGCUCGAAAAGCUCUCGAACGUAGCGAUGAAGAAUCUAGAAGACCGCAAGAAUGCUGUGGCUGCACCUUUUGAGAAUGGGGAGACUGUGAACGUGGUGGAAGGCGAUGAGCAGCAGCAAACGGUGGCUCCGAAGCGUGCUGCUGAGCCGCUUCGAGAAUCAGGAAUUGGAAUUGCGAAUCAAGUGGUGGCUCAACCUGUUGCUGGCUCGUCGCAAGACCUUGUUGCAGCCAACGCUGGCGAUGGUCAGGUGACGGCAGGCCCGAAGAUGGAGACGAUGCUCAUGGAUCUACUGUGCCGUACCACUGAGACCCAGCAGCAGUUAGCAACACAGCAGGGAGCGAUGUUCCACACACUAGGUCAACAUACUGCUGACAUCGACAAGUUGGCGACGGCGAUGGCGCGGAUGGAGGCAAAAUUAGAUGCAAUGGUGGAGUAA